AUGAAGCUCACCUUCAAGGAUCUCAAGCAACAAAAGUUCGUCAUCGAGGCCGAGCCCUCGGAGACUAUCGCCAAUGUCAAGGCGAAAAUCGCCGCCGAAAAGGGCUGGGAGUCGGACAAGCAGAAGCUCAUCUACUCUGGCAAGAUCUUGCAGGAUGACAAGACCGUAGAGUCUUACAACAUCGAGGAGAAGGGCUUCAUCGUGUGCAUGGUCCAGAAGCCCAAGCCUCAGCCGGCUGCUUCCGCCAGCAAGGCCGCUCCAUCCACCCCCGCGCGCGAAUCGCCGGCCGCUUCUACCCCCGCUGCUCCUGCGCCGUCCUCUAGCACAGCUGCCAGCAAUGUUCCUGCCACGCCUUCGCCUGCGCCUGCGGCGCCUCAGGCUCCAAGUGGCUCGCAGUUCAACAACCCAUCUUCGCUUACCAUGGGCCCCGAGAGAGAGGCGGCGAUUGCAAACAUGGAGAGCAUGGGCUUCCCGCGUGCCGACAUCGAUCGUGCCAUGAGGGCGGCCUACUUCAACCCAGACCGCGCUGUCGAGUACCUGUUGACGGGAAUUCCCGAGGGUGCGCUUCGCGAGGGCCCGACUGCCCAGCCUGGCUCUCCUACUCCCGCCCCAGCUGGCGCGACCGCGGCUGCGACUGAUGCUCCUGCCGCCCCCGGCGAGGAGCCUGUCAACUUGUUUGAGGCGGCGGCCGGCGGCCGUGGCGCUGGUGCGCGGGGUGCUGCGGGAGCGGGAGCUGGCGUGGGAGCUGGUGGUGCUGGGAACCUUGACUUCCUCCGCAAUAACCCUCAGUUCCAGCAGCUGCGCCAGCUGGUGCAGCAGCAGCCCCAGAUGCUCGAGCCGAUUCUUCAGCAGGUCGGCUCGGGCAACCCCGCCUUGGCGCAGCUGAUUGCGAACCACCCCGAGCAGUUCCUCAGCCUCUUGAGCGAGGAUGCGGAUGACGACGCCCCGCUGCCGCCUGGAGCUCAGACUGUGAGCGUUACCGAGGAGGAGCGCGAGGCGAUCGAGAGGUUGUGCCGCCUCGGCUUCGAGAGAGACCUCGUCAUCCAGGCUUACUUUGCCUGCGACAAGAACGAGGAGCUGGCCGCCAACUUCCUCUUCGACCAGCCUGAGGAUGAAGACCAGUAA